AUGAAAGCCGCCUUCUUGAUUGCUUCCCUCGCCGCGGUCGCCACGGCCGACGUGCGCCAACAUCGCUACACUUGCGUCAAGAACAACUGCAAGCUGCAGCCGCUGACGUCCAACAACGUGGCCGGUACCACGAGCCUCGCCAUCUGCGAAUUGACGUGCGGUGGCCAGGGCAGCCUGUGGCCGCAACCUGACUCCGUAUCUGUCGGCACGGAGACCAUCGCCAUCAGCACGGAGAGCGCCAACCACCGCAUCGUGUUCAAUGGCAAGGCCGCGUACGACGCGUCUCCUUUGGUGUCGUCGUUCAAGACCAACUUCCACCAAGCGCUGCGCUACAAGGGCGCCCAAGGCAACGGCAAGGACAUUGAGAUCACGGCCAACAUCAAGAGCGCCAGCGAAGUGCUCGACCUGAACACGGACGAGUCGUACGACUUGAGCGUGGACGGGAUCAAGGUCACGAUCAACGCCGCCACCGUGUUCGGGUACCGCAACGCGCUGACGACGCUGGCGCAACUGACCGAGUUCGACGAGUUCUCCAACACGGUGCGUCUCGUGACCAAGGUGACCAUCAAGGACAGCCCCGCGUACAAGAACCGCGGCAUCACGAUCGACACGUCGCGCAACUUUUACUCGGUCGAGUCGCUCAAGCGCAUCAUCCGCACCAUGGGGGGCAACAAGCUCAACACGUUCCACUGGCACGUGUCCGACACCAACUCGUACCCGUUCCAGUCCAAGGUGUUCCCCAACAUCACCAACUACGGCGCGUCCACCGCCAAGCAGAUCUACACCCACGACGAGAUCCGCGACAUUGUCAAGUACGCCAAGGGCUUUGGCGUGCGCGUGGUGCCCGAGCUGGACGCGCCUGCGCACGUCGAGCUGUAG